CUUGGUGAUGUUACAUAUGUAAAUAAUGAAAAUAAUCUUCACUAUUAAACUAACUAAUAUUCUCAUGUUCCUGUUAUCGUUCCCUUAAUAAAAAUAUUUUCCUAGGUGUUUCAUGAGUCCAUAAUAUUUAACUUUCUCUUAGAAUUUUAGAUUAUUUGGAUAUUAAUAUCCAAUAAAAUAUUGGCAUGGGGAAGAAGUAUGGGCAUUUCCAAAGGACUGAGCACUGGAAGAUUCAGGACUUGGCUUGUCCCCGGCCUUGCUAAUGGGAGAUGGUCAGCAUCAUUCAACAGUGCCCCCUUCUGGGACUGAUUCGGGAGAUCAAUGAUUUGAGAUUAAAAGUUAGUGAAAUGGGCAGUGAGAGACUUCAGUAUGAAAAAAAGCAUAAAUCAACCAAAUCUUUAAUGGCCAAACUUUCUAGCAUGAAAAUCAAGGUGGGUCAGAUGCAGUAUGAAAAGCAGCGGAUGGAACAAAAAUGGGAGUCACUGAAGGAUGAACUGGCAUCUUUAAAAGAACAACUAGAAGAAAAGGAAUCUGAAGUAAAAAGGCUACAAGAAAAAUUGGUUUGCAAGAUGAAAGGAGAAGGGAUUGAAAUUGUUGAUAGAGUUUUAGUAUCAAAGAAAGAGCGGCAGAAUCCAGCCAGGCCCAGAACCACAAGGGAUUCUCCAAGACUCUUUUCUGUGACUGGAAAUCCAUUAAAUUCCUCUUCAGCAGCUGGAAAAGGAGAAUUCUGUACUUUAUUUGGUGUUUAAGAUUACUAGACUGUAAAUUCUCAUCACAAGAAUGGACUUGUCUCAAUUGCAAUGCAAGAGAAUUUAUGCCAAAGGAGUUAAAAAGAACCAUCCCUAUGUCCCGGGAUCGUUGCCUUCAGAACUGAAAUUAGAUCUCUAAAGUAAGGGACUUAGAAACUGUUCUGCCCUUUUGAGAGAAGAGAAAACUGGUUCUGUAUCUUUGGAAAAAUUAGUAAAAAAUUUAUACCAGGGAUUGAGCCCUCUACCUUUCAGAAAGCAAAAAUAGGCUAAUUCUGUUUUUGGAAAAAUGCAUGAAUUUAUCCAAUUUUUUUCAUAACUGAAGAAGUUUGU